AAAGCCGGGAAAGAAGAUUAUGUCUUUAAAUUUAGUUUUUUGAUGGAGAAGUUUCUGCAAGAAGUUUAUUAUGAAGUAGAUAAAGAUAAAAUGGAUGAAUUAAAAAAAUCUGACAACAAUAACAGUUGGAGUGUAGAUCAUGCCCUAAGUUUUGAUGAAAUGAAAGAUUUAGGAGUGGAUGUUUUGCCAGAAAAGAUAGGACUGUUACCUGAACGUAAAAAAAGAGAGAGAAGUGGAAAAAAUGAGGAUUUUAUUUACAAUGAUUUAGCUGCAUGUGAAGCAAGGGAGUAUGAAGAAUCUCAAAAAUGUAAAUUAAUUAAAUCUGAGCAGUUUAUAUAUAGACAGAAACUCAAGGCCCUCAAUAUUUCUAAAGAUGUCUUUUCUACUUUAUCUGAUGAAAUGGUGUUAGGGGUUUUUAAUUACUUUUCACAUGAAGAUCUCAAAGUUACUGCACAAGUUAGUCGGAGAUUCAGAAGAUUAGCUUACGAUGAAAGUCUGUGGCCUCGAAUAGAUCUUGCUUCAAAAUCUCUUAGUAGCAAUUCUCUAGCCUACAUUAUGAAAAGAGGUGUCAAAAUCCUCAGAUUAAAAGAGGCGAAGGUACAUUCUCCUGUCUGGUCUAAACAAUUAGGUCUCAGAAUGUCAGAUUUUUCUUCUAAAAUUGAAUAUUUAGAUAUGAGUUAUUGCCUAAUAUCUACUGAAGAUUUGACAAUUUUUUUGUCAAAAUGUGAAAAUUUGAAAAAACUUAGUUUAGAAAGCUGCGAGUUAUCAGUGGAGGUUUGUUCUGAAAUAGCGAAAAACCGUGAUCUUAAUACUUUAAACCUUGCAAUGGUUGAGGGAUUAGAUCUAAAAGGUCUUGAGCUUAUUUGUGCCAGCUGUAAAAGGCUGGAAUCAAUCAAUGUAGCAUGGACUAAAUUGAGUAAAGAAGCAGUGAAUAUGUUUGUUGAUUCUAUCACAAGUGAAAUUUCAAGUUUGAAUUUAAGUGGACUUCAAUACUCCUUAAAUGAUGAUCAACUGGCUACUUUAACGAAAAGAUGCCCAAACAUUAAGGAAUUGGAUAUUUCCGACUGCCUUGAAAUUACUUCAUCUAGUCUUUCAAUGAUUGCUGAUCAUCUCCCGAAUAUUAAGUCACUUUCUAUUAGCCGAUGUUAUAAAAUAGAUCCAAAAGUUUUGUUGAAUACUAUGGAAAAGUUUAGCAGUCUAAGGAGCUUGAAUGCUUUUCGUCAAAUUGGUAAUCAAGAGGCUCGUGAUUUAGAAACAAAUUAUAAUCUUCUAAGGGUAAACAAAGAAUAUUUUUCCACAAUAUCAAGGCCAACUGUAGGUUUGCGAAGGACUUCAAUUUGGCUUGUAAAAUGUCGGGAAUAAUUUUUGUAUUUGAAUUUUUAUUAAAGAUAUAUUGUGAAUAUUUUUUAAAAGACUGCUAAUUGACUUCAAACAUGCAAUAAAAUACUAGCAUCAUGUUUGUGAAUUUGUAUUUUAUAGGAUACAUCAGUAAUAUUUUCAAGAAUUUUCAUUUUUGAUAAAAACCUAAGGCAUGGCAUUCUUCUUUAUCACUUCUUGAUAUAGAUCAAAUCUUGGGCUUUAGUUACAAAAUAAAAAUUAAUAGUUACAAAACACAAUUUCACAAACAAUUUAGUUUUCUU